CAUGAUCAUGUGAUCAGUCACAUGUGUGGGAGGAGUCAGGCUCCAGGCUGUGCUGCUGGUUGGGUUUCGGGAGUUCAUUCCUUGAUUGUAGGACAGUGUCCUCAUGAGCAGGAUAAAACACAUCAGCUCCGCCGAGCCCCCGGCCAAAGUGUGGAGGUGUCCGAGAUCCCCAAGGGUCAAGCCAAGUAAUAAUACCAAAGAGGGCCGUAGAAAAGCCACGUCUAAGACUAAGGGAGAAGAUCUAAUUGAUAUUAAAGUUGAAGUCAUAGAGGGAGAAGAAGAGAUGUGUGUGGUGGGAGAUGAGCAGUGUAAGGAAGAGGAGAUUCCUGUAGAUACCAGCCCAGAUGGAUGCAGUAAGAGAAAUCCAUUAGAGAGAUGUCCUAGUCCUCUGUAUACCUGUCCAGAUAAUCAUAAUGUCCCACAGAAUCAUCAGGUUUGUAUCAAGGAAGAGAUAAAUGAGGAAGAAGAGGCUCUACCUGUGGCCAUGAAUUACACAGAAACUCUAACUGAUGUCCCUACUGAUUACGGAUACAAAAUGAAAAUUUCCAUGCACAAAUCUACAGAAGAAACCAGGACCACCCAAAGUAUACAUCCUGGACUUUAUAAAAAACCUUCUUAUCAUACUGUUAAUGAUCAGAGGGCACACAUAGGCCAGUUCCCAUGCUCUGAACAUAGGAACUAUUUUUCCCAGAAGGGUGAUCGUUGUAAUCCCUUUAAGAUCCAUAAAGGCUUGAGGCCAUUUUCUUGUUCUCAGUGUCAGAGAUGCUUUACCUGCAAAUCAUAUCUUCUACAGCAUCAGAAAAUUCACACAGGAGAGAGGCCAUUUUCCUGUGGGGAAUGUGGAAAAUGUUUUACAAAGAAAUCGACUCUUGCUCAGCAUCAGAGAAUUCACAAAGGAGAGAAGAUAGUUUCCUGUCCAGAAUGUAGAAAAUGUUUUUGCAACAAAUCAAAUCUUGCUAACCAUCAGAGAACUCACACGGGGGAGAAACCAUUUUCAUGUUCGGAAUGUGGGAAGUGUUUUGCUCAAAAAUCAAAUCUAAGUAGACAUGAGCUAAGUCACACAGGGGAAAAGCCAUUUUCUUGCUCUGAAUGUGGGAAAUGCUUUACCAAGAGAUAUCUUCUUGUUCAGCAUCAGAUCUGUCACACUGGAGAGGGUCAGUUUUCAUGUCCAGAAUGCGAAAAAUAUUUUUCCACGAAAUCAAGCCUUGUUGAGCAUCAGAGGAGUCACACAGGGGAGAAGCCAUUUCCUUGUUCAGACUGUGGGAAACGUUUUGCCAACAAAUCAAAUUGUAAUAGGCAUGUAAGAAGUCACAAGGGAGAAAAGACAUUUUCGUGUUUGGAAUGUGGGAAAAGUUUUACUAAGAGAUCAGGUCUUGUUCAGCAUCAGAGAAGUCACACAGGGGAAAAGCCAUUCACGUGUUCAGAAUGUGAAAAAUGCUUUUCCACCAAAUUAAGUCUUGUUGAACAUCAGAGAAUUCACACAGGGGAGAAGCCAUUUACAUGUACAGAAUGUGGGGAAUGUUUUACCAAAAAAUCUAAACUAGUUAUACAUCAGAGAAGCCACACAGGGGAGAAGCCUUUUUUAUGUUUGAAAUGUGGGAAAUGUUUCACCAAGAAAUCAAAUCUUGACAAGCAUCAGAAAAUUCAUGCAGACCAAAAACUAUUAUUUUGCUUGGAUUGUGGGCUUCAUUUCACAAAGAAAGCAGAGCUUGUUGAACACUCUAGAAUUCACACAGGAGAUAGGCCGUUUUCAUGUGCAGAAUGUGGGAAAAGCUUUACCCGGAAAUCUGUUCUUGUUCAUCAUGAAAAAAGUCACACAGGAGAGAGACCAUUUACAUGUUCUGAAUGUGGGAAAUGUUUUGCCCAUAAAUCAUAUCUUCUUCAGCAUGAGAGAAUUCACACAGGAGAGAAACCAUUUUCUUGUUUGGAAUGUGGGAAAUGUUUUACCAAAAGGUCAGGUCUUAUAAGACAUCGGGAGAUUCACACGGGAGGGAAGCUGUUUGAAUGCUUAGUGUGUGGCAAAUGUUUGACCCAGAAAUCAGGACUUGUCAGACAUCAGAGAACUCACACAGGGGAGAAGCCAUUUUUGUGUUCAGAAUGUGGCAGAUGUUUUAAACAGAAAUCAAAUCUGGUUGAACAUCUUAAAAUUCACACCCGAGUGGGAGACAGUAUUGAACACGGUUGGGUUGGAUUAAUCUAAAUUUUUUAUUUGCACAUUUCACAAACCCUGUUUAUAAAACCAUUUUUUCUUAUACCCUGUUAGGGAAUUCUGAGUUAAUAAAGGGGUGGGGGCAUCUCUGUUCAGGAUCCCCAUGUGUUGGCAAGAGACAAAGGGCAUUUUCAAACUGAGUUUUUUUUCUGUGCUGAAAAACAAACAGGGAUUUAAUUCAGGAUUCCUUGUGGAUUUUUGGAUGCAGUUUAUAUUCUGUGAGGGGUAGCUUUCUUUCCGGGGAUCAUCCUCACAAAUACCUUCGCAGACAACAGGUUUUCAUGUCCCAACUCGUGCUUUAUUGAGACACAAGCACAAACAAACGAUACAAAACAAAAUGAAAGCCUGCCCGGCUAGGCACUACCUAAACACUAUAUAUCCCUGACUCACCUAAGUCACCGUUCACACACACGUAAACCCACGCGGCUUUCUUCAGCCUAAUGUCCAUCAGCCUCCUGGCUGUUACCACACCGGUGUCUUUUGGGGGAUUGUGGUCUAGUCAUCUGCCCGACGCUGACCAUGCGACCCUUAUCCCAAGGCGUCGCGGGACACCCCAAACCUCAGGUCUCUCAGCGCUCCCAGCUCAGACGACACACACAACCACUCCAGGCUUCUGUACAACACAAGACACACCCUUCUCACUUUGAGGACAGCUUUAUGCUCCGUUGAUUGUGUCACCUGUUGCUGCCUCAGGCCUGACCACUGAUGGGAAAGAGAUGGAUAAUCCUGCCAUUCCUCUCUCCUAACAGCCAUAAGGCCUGUCACUCUCACAAUUCUGACCCAGUUUUUUUUAUGAAGUUAUUGAACCUGCCCAUUUCAAUGGGAAGUUUGUAUGUGGAUUUGACGAAUAAUCCACACCAAGAAUGAACAUGCAACUUCUUAUUUCCAAGCCUCGAUAAAUGGAGAAAUUUGCAGGCAUUUUUGGCAGUUUUUGGGUCCAGAACCUGCACUAAAAUCUACAUCGAAAAAACUCUGUGUGAACAUACCCAAAGACUGUCACUCACUGUGGAGGGAAAAGUCUAAUAAAAAUACAAAAUUAAUUGAUAAAGUAUAUUAGAAAAACUUUUAUUAGGCUACUUUCACACUUGCGGCAGGACGGAUCCGACAGGCUGUUCACCAGCUAUUUCGCCGUGCCGCCGGA